AUGAAUAAUCCGGAAGAAAGCGCUGUAAGAGAUCUCGGCCGAUUUGCACUCGCCGUUCUCAAUGGCAUGGUCGACUUGCAGAAUUCAGCUGCUGAGCUGAUCCGAUAUGAGUUCAGCUUCCGUACAGUGAAAGAUGUCAUUCGUCGUGGCUCGGAAGAUCCUGAACUGAUUAAUCAGAUUUUCGAUCACAUCAAUCAUCUGGUUAUCUACUUGAAUGAAGAGAUUGUCGAAACCUCAAGAAAGGCGACGCCUGUCGGAAUGGAAGAUCGUCAUUUCACCGAACUUCAGAAGCGGAUGCAGUUGAUGUACGAAGUGUGGCUUGGAAUGAAAAUGAACGAGGCCUAUCAAGUUCCAGCCCUCAUGAAUCAUGUUGAGGCAAGCAGAGAAGCAGUCAAGUAUGCAUAUGGAACAUGCGAAGACUACCAUCGUUGGAAGAAACUUCCGUCAGAGCUCCGAGAGUUUUUUCUUGAUGAGCAGAAAGAAGUGAAAUCGGCGGUUGAAGAAGCCGAACCAAUAAUGUUUGCUCGUGAAGACGGUGUCGUUUCAUCAAUUGCUCACGAAAAAGCGAAUUCUGAUGAUGAAGGAAAGAAAAAACAAUUCGUUGCAAAAACCGAAAAGGUUCUGAGCAAUUAUCGUGCCAAGAAUCCGGACUACAAAACAAUGCGCGAGUUGAUAAAUGUGAAGACAAAGUACCGAUUGGAGGGAAUAUACUGUGACAAUCUCAUUAAUGAAUUCAUAUCUGUUUGGGAUAUGGCGACAGAUCCUGAAGCCGUCAAUCCAAAAGAAAAGUACGCAUUCACCGCUCUACUCAAAAAAGUUUUCUUGAUGAUGGUGGACAAACGCAGAAAUGACUUCGCAGCAAAACUUUUCGAUAAAUACAACAAAGACGCUGGUGUACUGCCGUGUUUAGAAAACUUUGUUGAACAUUUCCAAUCUGGUCUCACGGAAGCCAUGAAUCAGUUGCCACUAGAUUCCAACGUUUUGAGCAAUAACAUGGAACUAUUUGAGAAGACAAAGGAUCCAAUUAUUUGGUUUCUUCUCGUAUCUCCAGCAUACACUGUCCAACAACUUCUGACGAUUUGUGUAGACAACAAAGGAUACAUUGCCAUCAUCAAUCGCAUUUUCCGAGUGUUGCCAACUCUCUUCGAACGCUCUAUACACGUAACUCCAUUGCCAUUCGAGGAAGAGGGAAAGAAAGAAAAACUUCUGCUAACAAUCCUCCACAGAGUUUUUAUGAUUGGAAGAACCACAUGGAAAUCGGCAUCGCAAUGGGAAAACGCUGGAAUGAUGACAAUGUCGUUUGCAAAAAACAGAAAUCGAAAAGAAGGACAACCAGAAAAAGCUGAGAAUAAGGCGUUGCUUGAUCCAUUUUCACUAGUCAAUUUCGCUUUGACUGAACUAUUGAAGGAGCACAGGAAACCGCUGAAGUCAGUUGAAAUUUUCGUCAAGAUGUUGCAACGUUUACUGGCCAAUAAUAACAAUGCACGGAUGUCAAGCAACUAUAUGUUCGCAACUUCGUUUAAUGAAGAAGGAGAGAAUACAAUCUCAACACCAAUAUUAGUUCAUUUGCUGUUUGAAUUGCUAGCGGAGUAUGAUGAGCUCUCAGUUGAAGUUUGUGAUGGUGCAAGAGAUGUUCUCAAAUCGGUCUCUAGUCGCAUGAGUUCUGGACAAGUUGUUUUCGACCCAGAUACCUGCCACUAUCUGACAGAUGACAAUUUCAAUAAUGCUCCUUGGUGGAUUAAGUAUGCUCUCUAUACAUGGUUUUCAACUGCUCUUCGUAACCCUAAAAAACAAGUUCCCUCGGGAGUUUAUAAGACGAUUCCAGAACAAUUUCUAGACGAAUUCGACCAGAUAAAGUUGGAUGAGACGGCUUCACUGCCGGACUGUUUCAUGCGGUCUCUUUUCGAGUUGGGACUUUUUGACGUUGAACUUGCGAUUGAGUUGUUGAAGUUUGGAUACGGCAUAAAAUUUGAAGCAUCUGUUGUUGAACGAAUGGCUCUCGCUUUAGUGGACAGCUACGGGAAGAAGAUGUCAAAACGACAAGGAGGUCUCGAGAUUGGUAAACUGAUCACAGCAAUGUUGGAAACAUUUGAUCCUAUUCGGGAGUUGGCACCACUCACUGCAUAUUGUACAUGCUAUCUGGAAAGUCUGAAGAAGAUAGAAUACAUUCUUGUUCUUUUUAUGGCUGCUAGAAUAUCAAAAGAGAAACAAUUGAGUGCCGCAAAAGUGAGAACUGGUGAAAUCAAACAGAUAACGCAAGACGAGUUAUUUUGUCUGAACGAAAUCGCCGAACAGCUCAUGGACAUUUUCUGUGAGACUACAAAAACUCAUAUUGAACGAGAGGCCAGUGAAGUUGAAAAGCUCAGACAAGAAGCAGACGCACUUAUCUUUUCUCCAGGUUGCACACCUGAUCAAUUCAAGGCAUUAAUUGAAAAAGAAGAACGAGAACAGUCAUUGACCCUACAACUUACCAUGAUUUAUCUCAAAUGCUCUCAUUUCUGUCGUCUCUAUCAAAAUGUUCCAAUUAAAUUACAACAAUUGAUGAACUCAACUCUUGAAAAACAGUACACUUCUCAGAAGUUGUUAGCGAAAAAAGUCAUGGACGAUGUAUUGACGGAACAAAGAAAGACGGAGGUUGUUUACGCAUUUGUAGAGCAAAAAGGUGUUCCAAUUGAGCCAAAGGAAUUGGAUAAAGAAACAGUCCAGCCGGUAAAACCAUCAGAUUUAUACACCCCAAAGCAGCCAACACAGCCAUCAAAUGUCGAAAGCACUUCGGCAGAAAACCCAAUGUUCUCUCACAGUAACGGCGAUAAACGUCAAGGAAGAGAUAACUAUGCUGGCAAUCGUGGAAAUAACCGCAGAUUUGACAACGAUAGACCAUCAUCUUCUCGUGGAAACGUUCGAAGCGAGCGUUGCAAUUCGUACCGUGGAAGCCGUUGGCACCCCGUCAACGACGUUCAGACUUUUAGUUCUCGGGAUAGAGAUUUUGUUCACAAAAAAACCAAGAACGCAACGAACAGCGACUUUGAACGAUCUUUUCCCCGUGACCUGAAAAAUUCGUACGAUCAGGAUAAACUCUAUUAUGAAGACAGAAGAUCACCCUUCAACUCGCCAGCUGGCAAAAUGCCAGACGACGUGAGAAGAUACUCAGAGUCGAAAGACUCAAAUUAUGAUCCGUGGGAAGACCAAUCACGCCGUUUUACAUCUGAAUCAGAUUAUUCACACGAUGACACUGAGAACAGAUACCUCGAUCAAACGAUUCGAUCGGUUCGGAACUUCUCACAGCGUGAUCAGCAACAACGAUACUCGAGACCAGGUACAUCCAGCAUCACGCCUCCAAAAGCCUCGGAAAGGAAACAACCGAAAAAAGGAUUCGCUAGUGGAGAACCCAAUCGCUACCAAAGCAACACGCGGAAGCCAGCAGACAGGAAACAUCGAUACACAUCGCACAGCUAUGAGCAAGAAGAGGAAAUGAUAGAUCAACUUAAGCCUGGGCAGCCCGAACGAGAAGAUCUUGCAGAUGCAUUGGGGUUAAAUAAUCGCGAGCAAAUUCCAUCAAAUUCGCGGCGUGGUGGUUUCCAUCGUUAA